AUGGCCGACCGUCGGUUCGAUCUCCCGGGUGGGCAGAGCCCCGGGUCGAGCCGCGUGGCAUUCGAGCUGUUCUCGCCCUCGGCGCUCUCAUCGUCGGUCGCACCCAUGGCGCACGCGCACGACUCGUCGGCGGGAGACCCGUACGCGGCCUACUACCAGUCGCACAUGGACGGUAGCGCCGCGCCGCCGUACCCGCCGCACCCUCUCGCCGGCCGUCCUCCUGCACCUCUCGGCGCCGCUGCGCCUCAUCCGGGGGAUCAGCCGCCGCCGCAGCCUCAGCCGCCGCUCGUCCAGCACCACCACCACGCGAUCGCCGCACCAGGGCCGACCCCGCUGUACCCGCCCAUGCAGCAGGCGCUCCAGCACCUCGCCCAGCACCACCCUCACCACCACCAGCCUCCGCCCGCGCAGUCGUCAUCUCGAGACGGCCCUCUCGCCCCGCACCACGACCCGGCCUACCCGUCCGACUACCACCACCAGCACCACCACCAGCAGCAGCACCCACAUCAGCGCGCCCCGUCGAGCUCGACCCCGUCCAUGAGCAACGCGCCGCUCCCUCCGCCUAGCGCCGGCGGCAGCGCCGGCACCCAGGCGAGCCCGCACAUGCCCAAGGCUCGCAGCGCCAUGGCCUGCCAGCUCUGUCGUCGUCAGAAGAUGAAGUGCGAGGGCCCCGAAAAGGCGCCGUGCAGGAGGUGUCGGGCCGCCCAGGUCGAGUGCGUGUUCGAGGCGCCCCCGGCGGCUCCACCACGGCCGAGAGGAGGGACGGGCGUCACCGAGGCGUGGGUCGAGGGACGGCUCGGCCAGGUCGAGCAUCGCAUCGAGCUCCUCGAGGACACGGCGGCGCACUCGACCUCGCUCGUGUCGGGCAACGGCUCGGCGCCGACCGUCUCGCCAGAAACCGUCACCGACCACGAGCGCCGCCUCGCCGCACUCGAGGCGCAGCUGUACAGCCUCCAGAUCACCAUGGCCCGCCAGGUCCAGAUCCCGCCGCAGCAGCAGCACCAGCCGCACCCGAUGUACGGGCCGGGCCCGUCGUCGCACCCUGCCCUCGAGUACUCGGCCCCGCCCACCGCGCACCAGCAGCCGCACAGCUACGGAUCGAGCAACGGCGCCGGCGGCAGCCACCCGUACCCGUCGUCGUCGUACCACCCGAGCCUCGCGAGCUCGGCGCCGCCGUCGCACGCGAGGUUCGACUCGCCGACGAUGCCCAAGCACGAGCCCGACCGGUCGCACAGCUCGGCGAGCGCGAGGUUGGGCAGCGGCGGGAGCGGCAGCGGUGCAGGAGGAGCGGCGGCGAGCAGCGACGCGCACCGCGAGAAGCGGUGGAAGGGCGAGUCGGCGGGAGCGGGCGAGGGCGACUUUAUCGCGCGAGGGCUCGUCAGCGAGGAGGAGGCGGCGCUCUGCUUCGACUCAUACCACCUCACCUUCUCCUCGAACGGCCUCGAGCAGCCCUCGGACCAGAACCACCUCUCGUUCGAGGAGACGCGCCGUCGCUCGCCCCUCUUCCUCGCCACCGUCAUCUCGAUCGGCGCGCGCUCCCUCUCGCGCUUCGACACGUUCCACACGACGUACCGCGAGGCGGUCCGGCUCGCGCACGACUCGUUCAUCCCGUCGGCGACCGGCGACGACGACCACCGCGCCGACCCGCUCGCGACGCAGCGCCCGAGUGACUCGGUCCUGCCCGCGUUCGCUCGGCCCGGCGGUCACGGCCUCGACGACGCGCACAUCAACAGCAUCCUCGAGUGCCGUCUGCCGACCCUGACGCUCAAGGCGCUCAUCCUCCUCGGCCUGUACCACUCGAUGCCCGAGCUCCUCGUCCACUCGUGGAUGUCGGGCUACCGUUUUAUCCAGCCGAUGGUCACCCAGGUCUUCUUCGCCAUGACGCCCGAGGAGCGCAACUCGCCCGAGGCGCGCUCGCUCGUCAACCAUACCCGGGUCAGCCUCGUCGCGUGGCUCUGGCUCUCGUUCUACACGUACACGCGCGGGCACCACGGCGCCGUCUGGAUCGGCUCGGACCUCCUUCGGCGUCGCCUCGAGCUCAUCGAGCAGUCCACCUACGCCGAGGCGACGACCGACAGCGUCAUCCGCACCAACUUCGAGGGCGUCACGAUCAUGUUGCGCAUGUACGAGAAGAUCAGCCCGGGCGUCAAGGGUUCGAGGGCCAGCCGCGAGCUCGUGUUCGACACGGUGCGCGAGGCGCUCGCCGACAUCGACGAGUGGAACGCGAGCAACUUCCGCAUGAUGGAGACGGUCACCCAGUGGGGCGAUUCGGCCGACCUCAAGUCGAUCGUCCCCCUGCACUACUUCCGCAUCUUCAUCCUCCUGUACAUCUUCCGCGACGUGCCCUCGGACGAGCUCGACCCGUCGGACCCGCAAGUCGAAGCUUGGGCGCGCAUGGCGGCCGAGGCGGCCAUCGUCAUCCUGCGGUGGGGCGUCGAGUCGCGCAUCUGGAUGCCCUUCUCGGUCGUCGGCAACUACGUGCACAACGUCAACGUGCCGGCCGCCCUGUGGAUCCUCGGCACGCUCGCGCGCCUGUACCCGACCCUGAUCGACUUCAACACGGUGCGCCCGAUCCUGCACCGCCUCGCCAAGCAGUGCACCGUGACGGCCGCGAGCGCCGGCGCGACGUACCGCGAGAUUGUGCGCGCGCGCAAGACCAAGCACGAGGUCGAGGACCUCGACCGCGUCGCGUUCGAGCUGUGCGAGGCCGACGCGAGCGCGCCGGGCGCCGUCUCGGCCGACGGGCGCACGAGCCGUGCGGGCAUGCGCGACCUGCCCGGUGGCGCGCCGGGUCACGGACAUGGCCAGGCGUCGAGCGCGAGCAGCACGGCGGGCGACGACACGCCCGGCCUGUUCGGCCACGAGGUGACGGCGAGCUUGAACUCGCUCCGGCUCGAGCUCAACCUGUGGGCCAAGCCGCUGCGAGGGUUCGAGGACGACGACUAGCCGUCGGGGCCGGCGGGCGCAGGAGGGUUGUCGUCGGAGGCGAGCGGCGACGAGGCGCGAGGACGAGAAGAUGUACAGCGACGAGGUGACGGACGGACGGCUUGCGAUGUACAGACCUGCAAGGCGCUCUCGACUGCCUC